GACCGAGCCCGUUCUCGCGGCGUGUUUUUUUCUCGCCAAAUGCUUUCCUUCAAAAGCGCUUUCGGCGAUUUAUUUAUAUUGUGGUCGUGGCAAACCGAUGUUGGCGAGCCACGAAGCCCGUACUGGCAACUGUCUGUUUAGUAAAUCGCUCGACGUAGCCUAGCGAACGAUGGGCGUAGCGUUCGGGCUUCGCAUUCUUUCAACGACGAAAGGACGCAGGUAGAAGCUGUCCCGUCUCCGGUGUCAACCAUGGAGUACGGCUGGUGGUUGUCGUUCACCGUUUUCGUCGUGUCGGUGUUGUUCCUGUUUUACCUGUUCGUGUGCAACGUGUGCCGGCUGAGGACGCGCAAGAACAUCGGUGCAGUGGGCAGGGUGCUGCUGGUAAUAGCCCACCCAGACGAUGAGUGCAUGUUCUUCGGUCCGACGGUGCUCGGGUUGCUCCAACGGAAGUGCGAGCUCUACCUCCUCUGCCUCUCCAACGGCAACUACUACAAGCAAGGUAGCGAGAGGAAGGAAGAGCUGCGCAGUAGCUGUCUGUCUUUGGGGAUCCCAAGUGAAAACUUGAUCAUAGUACAACACAGCAACAUGCCCGACGAUCCGGAGUGCAUGUGGAAUUCUAACCUUGUCGGCAGGAUUGUGCAGAAGUAUGUGAAGUGCCUUGGCGUGGACUCUGUCAUCACGUUUGACCAGUCUGGAGUCAGCGGCCAUCUAAACCACAUAGCUGUUCACAAGGGUGUCGUGGGUAUCCUAAAGAAGGAACUUGCACCUUCAGGCUGCAGACUCUUCGUGCUCGAGUCUGUGAACAAGUUGAGGAAGUACGUUGGUUUGCUCGACGUACCCCUCAGCUACUUCCUCUCGGAACAUGCGUACGUGCUACCCUGGAGCAUGGUGUCUCUCCUUAAAGUUGCGCUUGGCAAGCACAAGAGUCAGAUGCUGUGGUUUCGACACCUGUACAGCUGCUUCUCUCGCUACAUGGUCAUCAACACGCUGCUCAGAAGUCACCGUCGACCAGAGCAAAGACAAUUGAUGACGUCGUCUUUACUGGCUAGACGCGGUAAACGUAUGUCCGUCCCGCUGCGCCUUUCCAUCAUAGUCAAUCAAGUAUCGAGGGUGCAUCCUCCCACUUAGUCGCAGUAUACUAGUAACUCAAGAUACCGAAGUUGCCACUGCCGUUUUGUGGUGGCUGAUGCCAUAGGUUAAUGCUAUUGUGUUAUACACGAAUCGAUCUCUCCGAAGUUGUGAGCUUUGUCAUGUUCAACUAUGUUUGAGGGUGAUGAUGCAAUAAAGUGCUCAAUAUUUUUUACACA